AUGGAGUCUAUUGCUCGGCAAUCAGUUAAACUAUGUCCCUUUUUGAACAACGCUUCUAGCUCAAUGCAGAGUGUGAAACGGCUUCAACAAUCGAACGUUUCAGCUAUUGCCAAAAAAUGCCCUUUCAUGGGCAAGGCGAUGCAAACAGCCGGAUAUGCGAGUUCUGCGGCUGCGAAUGUGGCCGCGGCGAAUGCUAGGAACUCUGAAAGCGAUUUGAGGUCCAGCGAUGACGUCCAGGAAUCGGCUUUUGUUAAUCAUGGCACUCGUGAAAAAUCGUUCGAUUAUGAUGGCCUUUUCGAGCAGCAACUGCACGAUAAGCGCACGGACAGAUCAUACCGGUUCUUCAACAACAUCAACAGGCUUGCCAAGGAAUUCCCGCUCGCGCACAGACAGCACGAGGAAGAUAAAGUGACCGUCUGGUGUUCUAACGAUUACCUUGCGUUGUCAAAGAACCAGCAAGUUGUGGAUGUGAUGAAGCGUACGCUGGACAAGUACGGAGCAGGUGCUGGUGGUACGCGUAACAUCGCGGGCCACAACAAGCACGCGUUGAAAUUGGAAGCAGAGAUUGCAGCUUUACACAAGAAAGAAGGUGCACUCGUUUUCUCGUCGUGUUUUGUUGCCAACGAUGCGGUGAUCUCACUUUUGGGCCAAAAAGUUAAGGAUUUGGUCAUUUUCUCGGACGAAUUAAACCAUGCAUCCAUGAUUGUUGGUAUCAAGCAUGCGUCUACGACCAAGCACAUUUUUAGGCACAACGAUUUGAACCACCUGGAACAGAUGUUGGCAUCUUACCCUAAAUCCCAACCAAAGUUAAUUGCUUUCGAAUCUGUUUAUUCCAUGUCUGGCUCUGUUGCCGACCUUGAGAAAAUUUGCGACUUGGCCGACAAAUAUGGAGCUCUGACGUUUUUGGACGAAGUGCAUGCCGUUGGAUUGUACGGUCCACAUGGUGCCGGUGUUGCUGAACACUGUGAUUUUGAAGCUCAUCGUAAAGCUGGUAUUGCUUCAACAGAGCACUCUACUGUGAUGGAUCGUAUUGACAUGAUUACCGGUACUUUAGGGAAAUCGUUUGGCACUGUUGGAGGUUACGUUGCAGGUUCCGUGAAGUUGAUCGACUGGCUAAGAUCUUACGCUCCAGGUUUUAUUUUUACCACUUCUCUGCCUCCGGCGGUCAUGGCCGGAGCUGCAGAAGCAAUCCGCUUCCAGCGCUCGCAUCUUGACUUGAGACAAGAUCAACAAAGACACACUACUUACGUUAAGCAGGGUCUAGCGGACUUACAAAUUCCGGUUUUGCCCAAUCCGUCUCAUAUUGUUCCAGUACUAGUCGGAAACCCUGAACUGGCCAGACAAGCGUCUGAGAUUUUGAUGGACAAACAUCGUAUUUACGUUCAGGCGAUCAAUUUCCCUACAGUUGCAAGAGGAACUGAGAGGCUAAGAAUCACACCAACUCCAGGCCACACUAAUGACCUGUCUGACAUUCUUUUGGAAGCUGUGGACGAUGUAUUCAAUACUUUGCAACUACCAAGAGUUAAAGAUUGGGAAUACCAAGGUGGCCUACUUGGUGUGGGUCAACCGGAAUAUGUACCGGAACCUAACUUGUGGACUGAACAACACUUGAGCUACACGAACAAUGAUUUACACCCCAACGUCAGAGAACCCAUUGUUGACCAACUAGAAGUCUCUUCGGGAAUCAAAGCCUAA